AAGGACCGCAGCUCUGAGUGAGUGGAAGGGACGCAGCUCUGAGUGAGUGGAAGGACUGAAGAUCUGAGUUGAUAGAAGCUGCACAGGAGUGGCCAGAGGCAUCAAGCACUGGGGGGAAUCUGUGUGUGGUCUGUGCUGUCGGUGCUGCUGCAUUUGUCUGUGUUGCGCUCAGAUCAUGAGUGUGAAGGCUCUAAGAGCGGCAGUGGGGAUGGACGCGCUGAGGGGACACACCUGGUCAGGCCCCCCCUCUCCCUCCAGCGUGGUGCGCGUCUACCUCAGCUCCACCUGCUCAGAUAUGAUUGCAGAGAGAAAUGCUCUAUGGGAGAGAGCCUUUCCUGAGGUCCAGAGCUUCUGCCAGACCCUGGGCCUGACCUUAGAGGUGGUGGACUUGCGGUGGGGUGUGCGCGACAUGGUGUCGGUGGAUCACAUGACUUCAGAGCUGAGUCUGGAGGAGAUUCGCUGCUGCCAGAGGGACUCUGUGGGUCCUACCUUCAUUGCCUUGUUGGGGAACCGCUACGGCCAUCGUCCAAUCCCACGCCUCAUCCCCGAGCGAGAGUUUGAGCUGCUGGUUGGCAAGCUGUCCGACCUCGACGACAUCAAGUUCCUCAACAAGUGGUUCUGGAGGGAUGACAACGCGGUCCCGCCCACCUACGUCCUCCAGCCAAUCAGCAGGCACUUCUCCCACUACGGGGACGCGGCGGCCGAGUGCGUGGAGCUGCGCGACCAGGACGCCCUCUCCUGGCAGUACACGGAAGCGCGGCUCCUGAGGCUGCUCCGCUGCGCCGCCCUGCAGGCGGAGAAAUCGGGCCAGCUGACCCCAGAGCAGAAACACGCCUACUUCAAGUCUGUGACAGAGUGGGAGAUGGAGCAGGGCCUGCUGGCCGCCCAGACGCCGGAGAGCUCCACAGUGCUGUUUGUACGCGAGUUCCCCAAGCUGCGCAAGAAGGAGAUGCAGAAGAGCCUGGCGGCGUUCACUGACCUCACGGUGGACGGUCUGGUGGACUCUGAGGCCCAGGAGCUUCUCUCGGGCCUGAAGGCCCGCCUCCUGUCCGCCUGUUCGUCCAGUCUGAACCAGCACAGCGUGGAGCACUGCAAGACCGGCAUCGAGCCCAGCCGCAAGGAGCACGGCCAGUACCUGAGCAGCCUGUGCGAGCAGCUCGUCUCCCAGAUGAAGGAGAAGAUCCAGCAGAAGGCUGGGGCUGGGGGUGGGGCUAGGGUCGGAGGGGGAGGGGUCAAGGGAGGGGCCUGGGGAGGGGGCGGUCAGGGGGAAGGCUGGGGCUGGCUACAGCAGGAGAUCCACCACCACAUGCGUGUGUGUGCGCGCGAGUGUGGCGUGUUCCGUGGGCGGGAGAGCCUGAUAGAGAGGAUCCGCCUGACCGCGUUGGAGUCGACCAAUGGCAGACGAGCACCGCCCCUGGUCGUGUUCGGCCCGGCGGGGGUGGGCAAGACGGCGCUGAUGUGCAAGCUGGCGCUGGAGAUGCGUGGUCAUCUGGGCCCGCAGGCAGCCGUGGUGCUGAGGCUGCUGGGAAGCACGCCGCUGAGCUCGGACCUGGACGGGCUGCUCAGGGGCGUCUGCCUGCAGGUCUGCGGAGCGUUCGGCCUGCCCCUGCCCACCUCGUCUGCCGCCCACACGCACCAGGAGCUUGUGCGCUUCUUCCACCUGAUGCUGGAGGAGGUGUCGGCCCGCGGGGAGAAGCUCCUGCUGGUGCUGGACGCGUUGGAGCGGCUCUCCUCGUCCUCCCAGAGCGCCCACUACCGGCUCCACUGGCUGCCCAAGCUCCUCCCGCCGCACGUUCACAUCGUGGUGUCCGUUCCCGACGCCGCGGGUCCUCCGCCACUGCUGACCGGCUUGCGGGGGACGAUCGAGGAGCCCGGAAGCUUCUUCGAGGUGGAGCCGCUGGCUGGCGAGCAGGCGCUGCAGCGAACGAACCGGCGUGCUGCUCAAGCUUCGAGGAAGAAGCCCGGCGGCAGCCUGCUGCCCCUCAGGGUGACCCUGCACACGGCCCUGCGCUGGACGUCCUACACACACGCGGCGGACGUGCAGGUGGGGCACAGCAUGCAGGAGGCAGUGGACCUGCUCCUGGACCAGCUGGAGAAGAGGCACGGCCGGCUGCUGGUCAGCAGAGCGCUGGGAUACAUCGCCUCGGCCAGAGAUGGUUUGUCGGAGGCCGAGCUGAGAGACGUCUUGUCUCUGGACGACGAGGUGUUGGCGGAGGUCUACCGCCACUGGCUGCCCCCCAACACCUCCCUCGUCCGCCUGCCCCCCCUGCUGUGGGCUCGCCUCAGGCACGACCUGAACGACCUCCUGCUGGAGCGGCAGACCGCCGGGGUCCACCUGCUCAGCUGCUUCCACAGGCAGCUGCGUGAGCGUGUGAGGGAGCGGUACCUGCGUGGGGAGCAGGGGACCCAGAGACACACGCUGCUGGCCGAGUACUUCCAGGGCCUGUGGAGCUCCAGCCGGCUCAAGCCCAUCCAGCUACCGCACAUACAGACCCAGCUCAACGCAGACAGAAAGGUGAGGUUGCCCUCUGAGCCUCUCUGGUUACGGCUGAAGGCGCAACGCCGAGGAAGCUCGCGUGAGCUGCCCUAUCACCUCCUCCAUGCUGACAAAUGGGAGGAGCUCUGUCAUAUGGUCAUCGGCAACAUGGAGUGGCUGUGCUGUAAGGCUGUGAGCUGUGGCGUUGCCGCGGUGAUCGAGGACCUGUCCCUCUGCACCACCCUGUACGAGUGCCCUGAGCUCCAGCUCAUCCAGGACGCCUUCGUCCUCAUCAAGCCCACGCUGGACUUCAUAGACGCACACAUCGAACCCUCGCUGCUGUACACCGAGGUCUUCGGGUGGCUCCACGUCUUCUCUGAGACAUACCCUGCUCUGAUUGGCCGGCUGUGCUCUCAGUGCCAGGAUUGGUUCGCGUCCUACGCUGACCCUGUCCUUGUCCCCAAGAGCUCCUUCCUGCCCCCUCCUGGUGGGGCGCUGAAAAGCACCCUCACAGGCUUUAACAAAGAUGUCACUGCAGUGGACGUUUGUCCUACAAACGACCUUCUAGUGGCCGGCUCAGAGGACGGGCUGCUGAUCGCCUGGAACAUGCGAGAUCUCGAGAUCAUUCACACACUCGUCGCACACACAGGCCCAGUGUUGGCUGUGAGGGUGGUGCAUGGGGGCAGUAGCUGUCUGUCCUGUGGGGGCGACGCUGCUCUGACCUGCUGGAGUUUGAAGACGGGCAAACAGAUGUACUGCAUCCGGGGUGCCCGUCAGCACCUGAGAGAACACACAAAGUGUGUAAAGGCCUGGCACCUGGACACAGGGGAGGCGCUCUACGACGUGGGGCCCCCUGAGCAGGCGUCCAUGUUGGAGACACUGAGCGGAUCCGUUUGUAUCAGUGGCAGACAUGAAGUCACUGACCUCCCUGGCUCCGCCUCAUUCCUCUCCGUGUCCGAGGACGAGAGGACGCUCUUAGCAGGGUGGUGUGAGCGGGUGCUGGUUCUGCUGCAGCUUCAGCCCGGUGGCUCCCUGCAGCGGCAUUGCGAGCUAUCCCAUGAUGCCACAGUGCUGACGGCAGUGGCGUCCAGUCAGGCCGGGGUGGUGGUCAGCGGAGCGGAGGACCAGCUCAUCAGGGUCUGGUGUCUGUCUUCCGGAAAACUCCUGGACACAUUCCAUGGCGUGGGGUCCAGGGUGACCUCACUAGCUGUCUUCGGGGAGACGGUCGUGUCAGCCUCGGCCUGCUCCGGUCAACUGAAGGUGUGGCAGUUGAACUCUGACCCCAAGCACAAAGCCAAGACCUCCGUCCCCGCUAACUGCUCCCUGGUGACCCUGUCCAAAGACGGACAGACGGCGUUUUUUGUGAAGCAUGGUAACCGGAAAGAAGUCUUCACGUGGGACUGUACAACAGGUGACAUCACAAGCGCGUCUGCGGACGCCAUGGACACGUCGGCGGAGGUCCUCUGUCUGGAGCUGGCACAGCAGAAGCGGCUGCUGUUCUGCGGCCUGAGGACCGGCACCGUCAUGAUCUACCCCCUGGACUUCCCCCUGGAAACCCUGUGCAUCCCCCCACUGGAGGACAUGCCCCAGGUCCAGGGAAUGACCAUCAGCCCACAUGAGGUUCGCAUGGCGGUGGCCUACGACGACGCGGUGUGUCUGUUUGAGAUCACGGCGCGGGACAGCUUCCCGUGUGUGGAUGGGCCGUUCGAGCGGUUCCCGCUGACGCUGCUGCGCUCGCCGCUGUCCUGCAUGGCGUUGCUGGCCGACUGCCGGCUCCUGUGCGGCACGGAACGCGGCGACGUGACGCUCUACGACUUCAAGAGCGCCUCGUCCACCCCUCUGGACCGCCACGCGGGCCGCGUCACCUGCGUCGCACUCAGCCACAGGAGUGGCCAGGCCCUGGUGGGGUCCCAGGACUGCGUCCAGAGACUCUGGAGCCUCUCGCCCCUGCGACUCGACCACACCAUGGACUACAGGGGGUUCCUCUUUGAAGGGGUGCUGUGUGCCGCCUUCUCUGUGAAUGACCAGUACGUGUUCACCGGAUCCCAGGACAAAACCAUUAAAGUGUGGGACGUGGCCAGUGGCAGGCUGCUCUACGUGCAGUAUGUCUACUCGCCCAUCGUCAGGAUGCUGACGCAGAAGGACGGACUGGUGGCCGUGUCACAGAUUGGACAUUUAAUCAAGGAGGCGUUCUGCUGUCCCGGCGAGAUCCGGUCCAACUUCACCCCGCUGCGGAAGUUCCAGGCCCAAUUCAGACUCAUGUAUCGCCUGAAGAAACUGGAUCCUAACGUCAAGCUCCCUGGCGAGACCCAAGACAACAACGAAGAAAAGGCUAAAGCGAAGCCAUCCAACACAUGCAUCCUACUGUAG